CCAGCCCCCUUCAUCGCAGCAUUUCAUGGUUGGUGGUAUAGGUGCUGACGCUGAUGGCCCAGCCCAGCCCCCCUGAUUUAAAGUGAGAGACCAAGUCCAGAUGCUGAGGAGCGCAGACGCGUCUGAUGCGCAACAGAAGACGGAGACGCUCCAAGGUGCCGCCGCUGGCAGCAGAGAGUUGAUGCCGCACAGAAAGCUGUUCAGCUGUGGAAUAUUGAUUUCUAACCUCAUAGAUUUAAAGUGAUGUUCAAAAGUAAAGCGGUGGGUUUGAUAUAAAGUGGAAAACCUUGAGUGAAACCCAGCAGGAGCGCUCAUGGAGACGCGCCUGGAGCCGGUGGUGUGAAGGAAGGAAAAAAACAGAUCAUGAACUUGUCAGAGCCCGUGUGGCUCCUUGGAGAGCAGUGGAACCUCACCGACCUGGAAGAGGAUGGAGAUAAUAAACGUUUAUUUGGGAUAGGCACGGAUAACUUCAUCACGCUGCUGGUGUUUUUGCUGAUCUUCACACUGGGCGUGCUGGGUAACUCCAUGGUGAUCACCGUGCUCGCCCGGAGUAAGCCCGGCAAGCCGCGCAGCACCACCAACAUCUUCAUCCUCAACCUGAGCAUCGCUGAUCUCUCCUACCUGCUCUUCUGCAUCCCAUUCCAGUCCACCAUCUACAUGAUGAACACCUGGGUCUUGGGAGCCUUCAUCUGCAAAUUCAUCCACUACUUCUUCACUGUGUCCAUGCUCGUGAGCAUCUUCACCCUCUCUGCCAUGUCCGUGGACCGGUACAUCGCCAUCGUGCACUCCAGAAAGUCCUCCUCCAUCCGCGUGGCGAGGCACGCUCUGAUCGGCGUGGUGGUGAUCUGGAUCCUCUCCCUGGCCAUGGCAGCACCCAUCAUGCACUACCAGAACCUCUUCCAUGGGGUGAAUAACGAAACUUUCUGCUGGGAAGUGUGGCCGGAUCAGAGCCAGAAAAAGGUCUACGUGGUGUGCACGUUUGUUUUUGGUUACGUCUUGCCUCUUCUCCUCAUUUCCUUCUGUUACGCAAAGGUGAUUAAUCACUUGCACAAAAAAUUAAGAAAUAUGUCCAAAAAGUCUGAGGCUUCAAAGAAAAAGACUGCUCAGACCGUGCUGGUGGUGGUGGUGGUGUUCUGCUUGUCCUGGCUCCCUCAUCACGUCGUUCAUCUCUGGGUGGAGUUCGGGACCUUUCCGCUGACCCAGGCCUCCUUCGUGUUUCGGGUGGCCGCACACUGCCUGGCGUACAGCAACUCCUCCGUGAACCCUGUCAUCUACGCCUUCUUGUCAGAGAACUUCAGGAAGGCUUACAAGCAAGUCUUUAAAUGCCAGAUUGGCAACGGCGACUGUCCCCUCAACGACAUCAAGGAGAUCCGCAGCAAGGCAGAUACUCCGCCGUCGACUAACUGCACCAACGUUUGACCAGUUUUGCGUGACAUGAACGUUUAUCGAGCCAGUACACUGAAACUCACUAUAAGUCACUUUGACUAAGUCAUCAGACAUGAGUUGGUGUGUGUUCUGAUCCGGAUGAUUAUUACCGAUGAUCAUAAUCUUGGUCUCAAGAAAAGUCAGCAGUGUCUAAAACUCAAGAGAAGAGUUAGUAAGAAAGGCAGAUAAUCGAGUAUCACAUCAUAAUGCAUUUCUGUUGUUAUAACAUUCAAAGAUAAGGUCAAUUAACCCCCUGACUUCAUUAGUAUCAAUGUAAGUAGCACAAUUUUUGCUUCACAGAAAUAUAAGGAUUGAGUUUCAAAUGCUUUGCUGUGUCUGAAGAGCAAACACUUUUUUUUCAUGCAAUUUAUACAGUAGAACUGCUUUAUCCCAGCAUGUUUUAAUUACUGGUUGUAGUAUUGUCAAGUUAAACGUAUUUAUGUAUAUUGGUAAAACAGAGGCAAUGUUCUAAAAUUCUCUCCUGCAUGUUUAAGAUAUCAGAGAAUCUUUGUUUCUUUAAAAAAAAAAGCAAAAAAAAAAACAGUUACAGCAUUCAGAAACUUAAAAUGGCAGAAAAACAUAAUCUGUCGCUAAAAAUUCUGCUGGGUUUGUUGUUUCCUUGAAGCUGUAAAUUGCAUUUAUCUUGCACUUCUGAGUCGCGAUAGUGGGGGGUGAAUAUUAUGGUUAGCUACCAAGACAAUGACUUUUGUUUCUGAAAGAUAUGAAGUAAAUCUACAUUUCUGCUGUUUCAAAAAGCUGUCUUUUUCUUUUUUUUUUUGGUUGCAUGGAAAUGUCCAAAUCUAGUUUCUGAACAACAAACAAUAAUAAUUGGUUUCAUUAUAUUGACAUUUGGUUUAAACGCUAUGUUUAAGUUUUUUAAACUUGGACACCCUUUACUACAAAGAUUGACCAAAACCCUUAUCUUCGUUUUCAUUCAGCAAUUCAGUUUGUUUGAAGUGCCAACAAAGGCAACAGGGCACGAGGUUCAUUUAACUCAUGGUCUUUGUUUAGGUGUAAAAAAAUUAAAUCAUAAUCUGAAUGUUAGCUGAUUAUAAAUCCAGCUCUCCCUUAGCUACAAAUGACUCUGUAUUGGAUAACAUGGAUUGUGUUAGGUAUAAGCUUGUGUGAAACUCAGUGUGACAUCAAUGCAUUUUGAUUAACAGUGCUGCUCCAAGCUUGAGAGUAUUUUUUCGUAUUUUAACUAUUCUAUUUGCAAGUUUUUGAAAAAACAACCUACCAUAUUAAAAAAGGCAUUUCUUUGGACCCAUA